CCUGAAGAGCGAUGGCGGCGGCCUGAACUCACCUUAGCACAUUCACGACGACAGGGCCUUGCCCAGGUUGGCGUUCUGUGAGUGAACCGUACGCGUGGGUUGGAGGGCCGGAGAGAUUUGCAAGUCUGGCCUGGGCAGUGCACUCUGGGCUUGUUAUUCCAGUCUGGUAUAAUCUCUGACUCCAUGGUCAGUUACUGGCUCCUACAGACCGGAUGAAGCAGACUGGAGACCGAAGUGGAGAAAGCCUCCAGCUGGCAUAUCCUCCGAGUGUGACCCUCUGGCUGCUGGCCCUGCCCAGCCUGCCUCAUGGAGAGGAUGAACUGGCUGAGCAGGCUGGCUUCCCGGGUCCCUGGACACCGUGUGCCCCCAGGGGCCAGUCUUCAGGCCCCUGUCAUGGCUGACCCCGAGACUUGCCUCAUGGUCUUCAAGAAUCACUGGUCCCAGGUGGUUCGGAUCCUGGAGCGGCAUGGCCCUCAGGUAGCUCCUGGAGGUGCAGAUGAUCUCAGUGCUGUGCGCAACCACACCUACCAGAUGUUAACAUUGCUGGCAGAGGAUCAUGCUGUCCCUUCAGCCCCCACAGUUCCCGGGCCCCUGCUGGAAUUUGCUCUGAAUGAAGAUCUGUUGACCCGUGUGUUGGCAUGGCAGCUGCAAUGGGAUGAGCUUGGGGAGGGAGUCGAGGAACGACGUGCUGAACAAUUAAAACUAUUUGAGAUGCUAGUGAGCGAAGCUCGUCAACCCCUGUUACGGCAUGGUCCAGUUCGUGAGGCUCUGCUCAUUCUCCUGGAUGCCUGUGGCCGCCCUGGGCCUAGUAGCUCAGCACUAGAUGAAGGCCUGGUGCUACUUCUCAGCCAGCUCUGUGUGUGUGUGGCCCGGGAGCCUUCUCUGCUUGAGUUCUUCCUGCAACCACCUCCUGAGCCAGGAGCUGCUCCACGUCUUCUCCUCUUUUCUCGCCUUGUCCCUUUUGUCCAUCGAGAAGGCACCCUGGGCCAGCAGGCCCGUGAUGCCCUGCUUCUGCUCAUGGCUCUGUCAGCGGGGAGCCCCACUGUGGGCCGCUACAUCGCAGAUCACUCUUACUUCUGUCCGGUGCUGGCCACAGGGCUAAGUGCCCUGUACUCCUCACUUCCCCGAAAGAUUGAAGUUCCAGGGGAUGAUUGGCACUGCUUGCGACGGGAAGACUGGGUAGGCGUGCCGGCUCUUGCACUCUUCAUGAGUUCCCUAGAGUUUUGCAAUGCAGUCAUUCAGGUGGCUCACCCUCUGGUGCAGAAACAGCUGGUUGACUAUAUCCACAAUGGGUUCCUAGUGCCUGUCAUGGGGCCUGCCCUGCACAAGACCUCCGUGGAGGAGAUGAUCGCCAGUACCGCCUAUCUGGAACUUUUCCUACGUAGUAUCUCAGAGCCUGCCUUGCUCCGUACCUUCCUGCGAUUCCUGUUGUUACACCGGCAUGACACCCACACCAUCCUUGACACCCUUGUUGCCCGUAUUGGCAGCAAUUCCCGGCUCUGCAUGGUCUCUCUGAGUCUUUUCAGGACCCUCCUGAACCUCAGCUGUGAGGAUGUCCUGCUGCAGCUGGUUCUCAGGUACCUUGUUCCAUGCAACCAUGUGAUGCUGAGCCAGAAGCCAGCUGUACGUGAUGUGGAUCUCUAUGGACGAGCAGCUGACAAGUUUCUCUCCCUAAUCCCACGCUGCUGUCGGCAUGGGGCCCCUAGCCCACCUCGUCCAGAGCAUGCCUCGUGGGCACGAGGCCCAGGAAGCCCAAGUGUUGAUUCCUCUUCUGUGGUGACAGUGCCUCGGCCCUCCACACCAUCUCGCCUGGCUUUCUUCCUUCGGCAACAGAGCCUGGGUGGCUCUGAGUCCCCAGGUCCAGCCCCUCGUUCCCCAGGGCUUGCUGCAUCCCCAGCCUCCAGCCCUGGCCGGCGGCCCAACCCUGCAGAGGAGCCCGGUGAGCUGGAAGACAAUUACCUGGAGUAUCUGCGUGAGGCGCGCCGUGGUGUGGACCGCUGUGUCCGAGCCUGCCGUACCUGGUCUGCCCCCUAUGAUGGCGAGCGGCCCCCUCCUGAGCCCAGUCCUCUUGGCUCCCGGACUAAGAAACGCAGUCUACUGUCUGAGGAGGACAGGGACAAUGUGGGGAAAGGGGAGGAGGAAGAGCUGGGGAGUAGGGGGCUGUCUGGGAGUGUAGGGGAGGGCCCUGCCCACCUGCCCCCUCCGCAGCUCAAUGGAGUGCCGGGACCAUGGCCUGAGGGAGCCAAGAAGGUUCGUCUGGUGCCCCUUCUGGUGCCACAGCAGGGAGCCAGGGAACUGUUAGAGGGUGCCUCUGAGGGUGUGGCAGGAUUAGAGAGCUUUGGGCAGGAGCUCCAUGAGCUGGAGGUGGCAUUGAGCAAUGGUGGAGCUGGCUCAGAGCACCCUCUAGAGCCUCCGCUACCUCUUGAGGAGGAGGAGGCCUAUGAGAGCUUCACCUGUGCCCCUGAGCCCCCUGGCCCUUUCCUCAGCAGCCCUUUGCGGACCCUCAACCAGCUGCCGAGCCAGCCUUUCACUGGCCCCUUCAUGGCUGUGCUCUUUGCCAAACUUGAGAACAUGCUGCAGAACUCCGUCUAUGUCAACUUCCUGCUGACGGGGCUGGUGGCCCAGCUGGCCUGUCACCCCCAGCCCCUGCUCCGCUCUUUCCUGCUCAACACCAACAUGGUCUUCCAGCCCAGUGUCAAGUCCCUGCUGCAGGUGCUGGGCUCUGUGAAGAAUAAGAUUGAGAGCUUUGCAGCCUCCCAGGAGGACUUCCCAGCACUGCUAUCCAAAGCCAAGAAGUACCUCAUUGCCCGUGGCAAGUUGGACUGGGCGGAGGGUCCUACAACAGGACCUGGCCCCCGCCGCUCUGAUCCCCUAGUGAAGAGCCGGAGGCCAUCCUUGGGGGAAUUACUCCUGCGGCAUGCACACAGUCCAACAAGGGCCCGGCAGGCGACGCAGGUCCUUCAGCCUGGGCGCGAUGGAGCUGGACUUGGCCUAGGUGGGGGCUCCCCUGGGGCGUCAACUCCAGUUUUGAUUCCCAAGGGUGGGGCCCCUGAGCGCCAAGGUGAGGCUCUGCGAGUCAAGAAUGCUGUCUACUGUGCAGUCAUUUUCCCUGAGUUUCUCAAGGAGUUGGCUGCCAUCUCCCAAGCCCAUGCUGUCACCUCGCCUUUCUUGUUGGAUACUUCAGAGGAGGGCUCUGGCCCUCCCAUCUCAGGCUUUGGGCCCCUCAAUCCUUAAUUUUCUUCCAUGGACAAUCAGGGCCGUAAGUGACCUGGGCCGAGGCCAGGGCACAGGCUCCUUUUUAUGUUUGGAGGCAGUGGCAAAAGAACUUUUUAAUUUAUUUCAGAUGAAUGUUUUAUGGAGAACUUAUUACAAUAUGUAUAAAAGGGAAAUCUCUAUUCUGUGCUCA